UCACUCGGGCCGGCCGCACCGUAAUCGAACCCAAACCCGCUGUCCUUCUCCGCGUCGCCCCCCGACCUGGUUCGCCAUUACACCCUGCCGAGUCCGGAGUCCCUCCCAGCGCCGACUCGCUCUCGCUCUCCCAUCCGAUCUCUCGCCAUGGCCGAGAUCUCCGCCUCUGCUUCCACUUCAGCGUCGACUCCCUCCCAAGACUACCACCCCGCCAUCGACCCCGCCACCUUCGACCUCGUCGUCUCCGGCACCGGCCUCCCCGAAUCCCUCCUCGCAGCCGCCGCAGCAGCCGCCGGAAAAUCCGUCCUCCACCUCGAUCCCAACCCCUUCUACGGGUCUCACUUCGCCUCCAUCCCCCUCCCUUCCUUCUCCUCCCUCCUCUCACCCUCCUAUUCCUCCCCUUCCCCUCACUCAUCCGCCGCCUCCACGCCCUCCUACGACGCGAUCGAUCUCCACCGUCGACCCAUCUACUCCGAGAUCGAGACCUCCGGCUCCCCUCCGGAACCUUCCAGAAGCUUCCUCGUCGACCUCGCGGGGCCCAGGGUGCUCUACUGCGCCGACGCGGCGGUGGAUCUGUUGCUGAGGUCGGGGGCGAGCCACCACGUCGAGUUCAAGAGCGUCGACGCCAGCCUCGUCUACUGGGAGGGCCGGCUCUCUACGGUGCCGGACUCGAGGCAGGCCAUCUUCAAGGACCGGACGCUCAGCCUCGCGGAAAAGAGCCAGAUGAUGAGGUUCUUAAAGCUGGUGCAGGGCCACAUUGCAUCCGAUCGCGGCGGGGCGGCGGACGAGGGGCUCGGCAGAAUCUCAGAAGAGGAUUUGCUGAUCCCCUUUGUGGAGUUCCUCCGGAAGCAGCGGCUUCCGCCGAAGAUUAGAGCGAUUAUAUUGUAUGCAAUCGCCAUGGCAGAUUAUGAUCAAGAAAUUGUAGAGUCAAACAAAUUGGUCACAACAAAAGAGGGCGUCGAGACUAUUGCUCUUUACUCUUCAUCCAUUGGGAGGUUUACUAACUCAGUAGGCGCAUUCCUGUAUCCCAUGUAUGGCCAUGGUGAGCUACCUCAAGCCUUCUGCCGUUGUGCUGCUGUUAAAGGUGCUCUGUAUGUACUGCGUAUGCCAGUGGUUUCCCUUCUUAUUGAUAGGGAAAAGAGUGAGUAUGUAGGGGUCAGAUUGGCAUCUGGUCAGGAUAUAUUUAGCAGUCAGCUGGUAAUGGAACCAUCUUGUCAAGUUCCACCUUCACUCUCACUUUCUGAAGACUUAAAUACAUCAAGUUCUACUGGAAAUGUUGCUAGAGGAGUUUGCAUAACCAGCAGUUCAUUAGAACGGGAUUCAUCAAGCGUUCUGGUGGUUUUCCCUCCUAAAUGUGAGAAUUGCUUCCUAUUUUUCAUUAAUAUUUCCUCACAUACAGGAACAUUUGUUUGUCAACUUUUCCAUCUAAUCAUUAGGGCAUUUUGCUAUAUGCCUGUUAAGUCUAUUGCAUGUGUUUUUGCUGUAGCUUUAUAUUCAGAACAGUUGACAACUAUUCGAGUGCUGCAGUUAAGCAGCAAUGUAGCAGUUUGUCCCCCUGGACUGUUUAUGGUGUAUCUUUCAACACCAUGCAAUGAUGCCAUCAUAGGAAAGGACUAUAUAAAAGCAGCAAUUCAUGCUCUCUUCGCUACUAAUACUCUGGGUAGUUCAGAAGGUAGUGUAGAACCAAAUACCGAAGAUAAGGAAAGCGAAACCAGGCCAACUGUACUAUGGAGCUGUGUAUAUGUUCAGGAGCUUGCACAGGGUUCAUUUGGUCCGGUAUGUUUAUCUACAUUGCCUGAUGAGCAUGUGGACUACAGGAAUAUAAUAGAAUCAACUAAAGAGUUAUUUUCAAAGAUGUAUUCCCAGGCAGAAUUCUUGCCUCAGACCUCAGAGCCAGGAGACAUAGAAGACGAUAAUGGUUCAGCUGAAUGAUACUCCUACAUUAAAAAAGGUAUAGCUGUUAGAAUUUUCUACAAGAAGGGAUGCUCGUAUUUUAUACAAAUGGACCAACAUGAGAAUAGAGGUUCACUCGCUAUGCAAAUUGUACUAUGCUGUAGAAGAUGCUGCUUUGAGUUCUCUAAAGCUGAUAGUCGGCCCUGUGUGUGUAUCCAGCUGGAUUUAUACAACCGGGCCAUUUCUGCUGCAGUAUUUAUACAAAUUAUUCAGUGGAGCAAAUUUGAUUUGAGGCUUUUAGCUAUAGCUGGAAUUUGUAACAUUACAAUUUUCAUAUAUCUUCGAAUUAUUUUUUUUGCUGGUCAAUCGUCAAUUUGCUCGGCUGUGCUUCUACAGUUCUACUUGCCCGGUCUGUGUAAUCCAUAUACUCCUUUUCUUCUAUUGUGUUUCUCCUUGGAAUCAUUGUCGAACUUUCAUA